AUGUCAGUUGAACAGGCAGUCAUAACUGAAGUUGAUAGGAAGAAGGCUAAGAAGAUCACUGCUAUAAGACAAUGUUUACAGAGAGUACCAGUUGAUGUAGAAGGAUUGAGACGAUGUUCAGUUACAGAGUUUGGGUUUGUAAACAAUGACAUUAGAACCUCAGUAUGGCCAAUCCUACUGGAUAUCAAUCAGAGCAAGAUUAUAAAUCAUGAGAGUGCCAUCAUCGAGCAUAAAGAUACAGAUCAGGUCACCAAAGAUGUAGAGCGAUCAAUGUGGAGAUUUACAAAGGGUAAAUCAAAGCUAAGAGAGAAGAAACGAGCAGAGUUGACAAGGAUCAUCAAUGCCAUACUGUCACUGUAUCCACAACUGCACUACUUCCAAGGAUACCAUGAGAUAGGUAGUAUCCUAUUGAUGGUCACAAAUGAGCGACUGUCAUUCGCCAUGCUCGAGAGACUCAGUCUGAAUCAUAUUGGUGACAGUAUGCGACCAUCAUUCUCCGAGGUAUCAAAGAUACUCAAUCUCCUAUUUCCUCUAUUAUCCUUUGUUGACAAACAAACACAUCAAUUCAUUGUCAACUCUGAAGUUCAACCAAUGUUUGCGAUCAGUUGGCUGAUCACAUGGUUCGCUCACAACUUUGAAGAGCUGGAACCAACUGCAAGACUCUUUGACUUCUUCUUGGCAUCACAUCCACUCAUUCCCUUGUACUUUUCUUUAAUUACCUAUCUCAAGAAAGACUUGUUGAAACUUGAAUGUGCUUAUGACACUGUACAUCAUUACUUCUCCAACCUUCCAGAUGAUCUGCCUCUGGACCUACUUAUUCAACAAACACAGAAGCUCUAUGACAAGAUACCUCCAAAGAAACUUCAAGAGCGAGCGGAUAUUCAGUUAUCCAUCGAAUCACCAAUGACCAAUUAUCCAUUCAACUGGAUGAUAUCGAUACAUGGUAAACAACAGAAGAGGAGCCAUUAUAGAUAUUAUGUUCUGGGCCUGCUGGUGUUGGGCGCUUCCUUCUUGUUUGCCUACCUCAACACAUCAAAGGCGUAUGGACCAUAUAUUGGUAGCCUUGGCAUUAGCAGUCAACGAUUCAUUCAUUCACUUGGCAACUCGGGUGCCAACUGGUUAUCAUCGAUCAAAAAAUACAUUGGCUAUUAA